AUGGCUUGGAGAAGUCAUGGUAUUAAUAACUUGGAUAUGGUUCGCAAUCUUAAAUCGAAUGGGAUAAUAAAAUCAGAUACUGUUGCUAAUGCAAUGUCUGCUGUAGAUAGAAAAAACUAUUGUCCUUAUGCACCAUACCAUGACUCACCUCAAUCUAUAGGAUUUGCUGCUACAAUAAGUGCUCCACAUAUGCAUGCACAUGCUCUAGAAAGAUUAAAGAGUCAAUUAAUACCUGGAGAGAAAGCGUUGGAUGUGGGAUCAGGAUCUGGCUACUUAACAGCAUGCAUGGCACAUAUGGUCGGAGAAACCGGCAGAGUAAUAGGCAUUGAACAUAUACCAGAAUUGGUCACUUUGGCAACUAAAAAUAUUAACCAUGACAAUCCGAAACUUCUUUCUUCUGAGAGAAUUAAACUUAUCGUUGGAGAUGGGCGAUUGGGUUAUCCUUCAGAGGCUCCUUAUAAUGCCAUCCAUGUUGGGGCCGCUGCACCUACUUUACCGAAGGCACUUGUUGAGCAGUUGAAACCAGGGGGUCGCCUCAUAGUUCCAGUUGGACCGGAAGGCGGAGAUCAAUACCUCACUCAGGUGGACAAAGCACUUGACGGUUCUACUACAGUGAAGAAGCUCAUGAGUGUUAUUUAUGUUCCCCUCACAGACAAGAGUCACCAAUAUCGUGAGUGA